CUCAAUUCCACCUUGCGCCGUCUCUUCUUCGACCGCAGACUCAGUCUUGCCUGCCAUCAGCCAAGCUCGUAUUUCUUGAUCCAGAAUAGCUUCCUGCGCGAUAUAGCGAUAUGGCGGCCCCUCGGAUUCGAUUUGCCCCGGUAAAAUGCGGCCCCACCACAGAUAUCACCACCGCCACUAUCACCACAUCCGUCUCAGGUGAUGGCAGUUCCAAGCCAGCCCGCCGAAUCAGACGCUCGGCAGGAAAGAGUCGAUCUGGCUGUCGAGAAUGCAAGACUCGCCGAGUCAAAUGCGAUGAAACGUUCCCCGUUUGUUUACGCUGCCAACGGCGGGGCGAACUCUGUUCGUCGGUUCCUCGACCUGACCAGUGGCAAAUGGAACUCCCUUGGCUAUCUGCUCUUGGCAUGAAUCCACCCGCCAGUUUCACUUGGGGUCCCUUUCAUCACAUCUCGUUCAUGAACAAGAAGCUAUUGCAACAGUGGCUCGAAACAACAAGCCGCAUCAUGGUGGUGGACCAUGGCCAGAAUCCACUAUCCUUUCCUAUUCUCACCCAUCUCUCCAACGCUCCUUCACUCGCGCAUAUCAUCCAGAGCAUUAGCGCCGCCUAUCAACACUUUUUCCAACAUUCCAAACUCAAUCUAUGUCUCGAGGAAAGAAGCAAAGCAAUGUCUACACUACGUACCGAGCUGCAGCAUGGUGGAAGACCGCUUAUGCCAUAUCUUUUAACGACCUAUCUUCUGGGGAUCUCAUCGUCAUUUAUUGAUGAGGAUUUUAUUGACUACGGCAAGGAGCAUUUCUUUGCUUUCCGUCAGAUGCUCGAAUUGAUACUUGCGGACCCAGAGGCGAGAACUGACCCAUUGAUGCGCUUCGUCGUGGGGGCAUACGUGUAUUGGAGUUUGACAUGCUCAACCCUGGUUGACCCUGCUGAGCGAGAACCCCCGAGUACCUCACAAUUAGAUGAGUAUAUCAUAAAUAUGGGAGACAAUCGGCAUCCAAUCACGGGUUCUUACACCAAGCUGUUUUAUCUGCUGGGAAAGUUAGGGAGGCACUGUAGAGCUGUGGUCGAGGGUGGCUACCGUGAUGCUCCACUGGAACGGACAUUUGAGCAGCAACUAUUACAAUGGACACCUUCUGGAGAUGAUAUUCCCUGGGAUACGACUGCGGAUGCCUUUAGAUACCAUGGCCUUUUGAUGCUAAACCGGAUAUGUGGCCAAAACGCGGACGCAACUUCCCCACAGGAUCAUGCCUAUACCUUUUCGAUUGAUAAUGAGUUGAAGAUCAAGGAAUACGCUACUCAAACCAUCAAAAGUCUCUCUUCUAUACCGGUAGAUUCACCUUUGAUAGUACUACAGCCGAUUCCACUGAUGACAGCUGGCGCUGAGCUGACUGAAGACGACGGACUACUCCGGGGAAUAGUCAUCGGCAGGUUCCAAGCUCUCUCUUCGUUCAACAGACUGCCCGCAAACUUACGAGCCACUCAGCUUCUGCAAGAAGUGUGGGAACUUAAAGAUAUGGGUGUUGGUAUCUCUUGGCUCGAGUUAAUGUUGCUUAAGAACUGGAGACUGAGGCUUGGGUGAGAGCAUGUAAUCAGAAGAUAUAUUCUGGAAAUCUGGAGAUCCGGUAUAUCAACCUCUUGCAUUAUUUUGAG